AUGGUGUUUCAACCGGUACAUCCUGAUGAGCAGAAAUUCGUUGACACCGCAUUGGAACUGGUGAAAGAAGCAGGGCGGCUCGUUCGUGAUGCGUUCGACCAAACGAAUUGUGUCGUCAAGACGAAAGCAUCUGAUGUCGAUCUCGUCACGGAAACGGACCAAGCAGUAGAAAAGUUGCUGAUCCAAGGGCUUUCAAAAGCAUUCCCUGAUCACAAGUAA